UUUACUUCUUGCACAUAACAAUGGAGGAAAUAUGCAGAGUUUGCAUGGGAACUUCUGGAGCAUUAACAAACAUUUUUGAUGAGACUCCAAUAAGACUCCAAUCCAUUGCUGAAAUGAUUACGGAGUGCACAGGAUACGUGGUUUGGCGAGGGGAUGCACUCUCAGAAAAGAUAUGUCCACCCUGCCUCGAGGAUGCAGUGAGUGCAUUCUACCUCAAGAGAACCUGCGAGCAGAGCCAUAAACUAUAUUUCACGCGGCUGGAGGAGGAAAUAGAAGAAGAAGAAAUCUGUGAUAAUGCAAAAGACGAUUGUGACGAGCCGUCGGGUAUUGAAAGUGAGCAACUAAACCAGUUGGAAACCGAUGCAAAGGAUCAAAGUGAUAAGGAUAAGCUUAGUACGCACCUAAUUGAUCAUCCAUACUCCAAGUCAUUUCAUCUACAAGUACAAACCAGUAAACGACGCGCGUCUAAAAAACCACAUAAAUGCCCUCGAUGCUCAAAGGCAUUUACUGAAAAAGAAAAACUAGACGUACACCUCCGUUCUCACGCUGGGGAGCGACCGUACAAGUGUACUCACUGCCCGAAAGCAUAUAUCAGUGAGAAAUGUCUUACAAAUCACAUACAAAGUCACACAGGACAUCGACCAUAUAAAUGUUCUUACUGCCAAAGAUCAUUUCAAGAGAAAGCGUUUCUCGAGAGACACCUACCCACUCACACGAAGGAGCGACCACAUAAGUGUCCCGAAUGUCCAAAGUCCUAUUUUAUACCUAAUAAUCUGAAGAUUCACAUUCGUACGCACACGGGAGAACGACCAUUCAAAUGUUCCCUCUGUCCAAAAACCUUUACAUCAAAAGGUCCUCUAAGAAUUCACAGCCAUACUCACACUAAGGAGAGGCCGUUUAAGUGUUCUCAAUGCCCCAAGUCCUUCGCUGGAAGCGUAGGUCUCCAAACUCACAUGAUAAUGCAUUCCGAUGAGCGACCCUUUCAAUGCUCCCGCUGCUCAAAGCCAUUUAAAAGAAGAUGCUCCCUUGCAGCACACACCCGAACUCACACGGGUGUACGAAAAUUUCAAUGCUCUCAAUGCUCAAAGGCCUUUGUAGAAAAACAAGCACUAAGGAAACACCUUCUUACUCACACUGAGGAGCGACCGUACAAGUGUGAUCAUUGCCCGAUAUCAUUUAGGCAAAAGAUAUCUCUAACAAGGCACUUAAAAAAACAUCCAGAUUAUCGAGAACAUAUAUGUUCUCACGGCUCGGAGUCAUUCAAAGAGACAGCGGAUCUCGACAGACACCUCACCACUCAGACUGACUGCUCAAAGACAUUUGAACCUGAAAGAUCUGUUAAAAAUCACACCUCCAGUCAGUCGCAAAAGACCAAAGAUCAUAUCCUUAAGCAAUCUUACAAGUGUGAUCACUGCCCUAGAUCAUUUAAGCGAAAGACAUCUCUAACAAAGCACUUAAAAACACAUCCAGAUUAUCGACCACAUAUAAGUUCUCACUGCUCGAAGUCAUUUCAAGAGAAAGCGGAUCUCGAUGAACACCUCACUGACUGCUCGAAGUCAUUUAAAGAGGAAAUAUCUGUUGAACCGAAAGAGCAUCAAAUCCUUACUCAUACUGGGGAGCGACCGUACAAGUGUGCUCACUGCCCGAGAUCAUUUAGGCACAUGACAUCUCUUACAAAGCACAUACAAUUAAAACAUCCAGAUUGUCGACCACAUAUAAGUUCUCACUGCUCGGAGUCAUUUCAAGAGAAAGCGGAUCUCGAUGAACACCUCACUGACUGCUCGAAGUCAUUUAAAGAGGAAAUAUCUGUUGAACCGAAAGAGCAUCAAAUCCUUACUCAUACUGGGGAGCGACCGUACAAGUGUGCUCACUGCCCGAGAUCAUUUAGGCACAUGACAUCUCUUACAAAGCACAUACAAUUAAAACAUCCAGAUUGUCGACCAUAUAUAUGUUCUCACUGCUCGGAGUCAUUUCAAGAGAAAGCGGAUCUCGAUGAACACCUCACUGACUGCUCGAAGUCAUUUAAAGAGGAAAUAUCUGUUGAACCGAAAGAGCAUCAAAUCCUUACUCAUACUGGGGAGCGACCGUACAAGUGUGCUCACUGCCCGAGAUCAUUUAGGCACAUGACAUCUCUUACAAAGCACAUACAAUUAAAACAUCCAGAUUGUCGACCACAUAUAAGUUCUCACUGCUCGGAGUCAUUUCAAGAGAAAGCGGAUCUCGAUGAACACCUCACUGACUGCUCGAAGUCAUUUAAAGAGGAAAUAUCUGUUGAACCGAAAGAGCAUCAAAUCCUUACUCAUACUGGGGAGCGACCGUACAAGUGUGCUCACUGCCCGAGAUCAUUUAGGCACAUGACAUCUCUUACAAAGCACAUACAAUUAAAACAUCCAGAUUGUCGACCAUAUAUAUGUUCUCACUGCUCGGAGUCAUUUCAAGAGAAAGCGGAUCUCGAUGAACACCUCACUGACUGCUCGAAGUCAUUUAAAGAGGAAAUAUCUGUUGAACCGAAAGAGCAUCAAAUCCUUACUCAUACUGGGGAGCGACCGUACAAGUGUGCUCACUGCCCGAGAUCAUUUAGGCACAUGACAUCUCUUACAAAGCACAUACAAUUAAAACAUCCAGAUUGUCGACCAUAUAUAUGUUCUCACUGCUCGGAGUCAUUUCAAGAGAAAGCGGAUCUCGAUGAACACCUCACUGACUGCUCGAAGUCAUUUAAAGAGGAAAUAUCUGUUGAACCGAAAGAGCAUCAAAUCCUUACUCAUACUGGGGAGCGACCGUACAAGUGUGCUCACUGCCCGAGAUCAUUUAGGCACAUGACAUCUCUUACAAAGCACAUACAAUUAAAACAUCCAGAUUGUCGACCAUAUAUAUGUUCUCACUGCUCGGAGUCAUUUCAAGAGAAAGCGGAUCUCGAUGAACACCUCACUGACUGCUCGAAGUCAUUUAAAGAGGAAAUAUCUGUUGAACCGAAAGAGCAUCAAAUCCUUACUCAUACUGGGGAGCGACCGUACAAGUGUGCUCACUGCCCGAGAUCAUUUAGGCACAUGACAUCUCUUACAAAGCACAUACAAUUAAAACAUCCAGAUUGUCGACCAUAUAUAUGUUCUCACUGCUCGGAGUCAUUUCAAGAGAAAGCGGAUCUCGAUGAACACCUCACUGACUGCUCGAAGUCAUUUAAAGAGGAAAUAUCUGUUGAACCGAAAGAGCAUCAAAUCCUUACUCAUACUGGGGAGCGACCGUACAAGUGUGCUCACUGCCCGAGAUCAUUUAGGCACAUGACAUCUCUUACAAAGCACAUACAAUUAAAACAUCCAGAUUGUCGACCAUAUAUAUGUUCUCACUGCUCGGAGUCAUUUCAAGAGAAAGCGGAUCUCGAUGAACACCUCACUGACUGCUCGAAGUCAUUUAAAGAGGAAAUAUCUGUUGAACCGAAAGAGCAUCAAAUCCUUACUCAUACUGGGGAGCGACCGUACAAGUGUGCUCACUGCCCGAGAUCAUUUAGGCACAUGACAUCUCUUACAAAGCACAUACAAUUAAAACAUCCAGAUUGUCGACCAUAUAUAUGUUCUCACUGCUCGGAGUCAUUUCAAGAGAAAGCGGAUCUCGAUGUACACCUCCUCACUCAGACUGAGUGCUCGAAGUCAUUUGAACAUGAAAUAUCUAUCAAGUCGCAAAAGAAACACACUACAGAGCUACCGUAUAAGUGUGAGCUCUGCUGCAAGUCCUUUCCUAAAAAGUCCCACCUUCGGGAACACACUUUUACGCACAUAGAUGAUGAACCAUUUCAAUGUCCUCAGUGCGCGAAAUCAUUUAAAGAGCAAGAGGUCCUCGAGAUGCACAUUCAAACACAUGCGAAGGAGCGACCAUAUACGAUUUCCGACGGCUAUCCCAACGUCAGUGUGUUUAUGUGUCCUCACUGCUCGAAGACAUUUCCUCAAUACGCAAAUCUCCGCUAUCACCUCCGUUCGCACGCGAACGCACGACCCUACCACUGCUUCUUAUGCAGAGCGACGUAUACGCAAUUAUGCAGGCUCAAAGAACACUUAUUAAGUGCUCACAAUAUCGAAAACAAUCGAUCAUUUAGCCGGCCAUCUGGUUAUACAACUAAAUUUAUAGAACAAAAUCAUUUAUAACUGAUGUGCGGCUUAUACAAAUAACGAUUAAAUGCAAGA